GCCCUCUCGAGGACCUCUUCGCCCCGGACUUCCGCUGCGUGCCCCGGCUGAUCGGUCACUGGCACCGCCCCGGCCAGCUGAUCGACCAGCGCACGGGCGCGGGCACGCCGGCGAGCGGCUGGCUGAGCUCCGUGGCGAUGGAGCUGGUGGAGGGCCAGGGGUUUGAGGAGCACCUCGCCGGGCUGGCGACUGAGGGGUCCGUGCGGGACGUCCUUGAGGCCGCCCUGGAGCUUCUCGAGUGCCUGGGCGCCCGCGAGGUGGAGCACGGCGACCUGUGGGCCCCGAACCUGCUGGUCGCCCGGCCGCCCAGCGGCGGGCGCGCCCGCCUCGUCGCCAUCGACUUCGGCGCUGCGCGCCUGCGGCCGCGCGGCGGCCUCCAGGCCGAGGACCUCCUCGUCCUGGACGGCCGCGCUCGCGGUAGCCCGCCGGGCGUGGCCGCGGCGCAAGGGGUGCUUUCGCAGGCGGAGCAGCGGGCCCUGCUCUUCCUCCGGCGCGCCGGCGUGGCGGCGGAAGAUUUCCCCGAGCUGAUCCCGAACUUCUUCGUCGGCACAGGGGAGCUGUCGGAGAGAGCCGUGGAGGGGCGCGGCGACAGGGGAAUGCUGGGCGAGGUGCUCUGGCACCACCUGCUGAGCCCCGCGGCGCCGCCCGCGCUCCGGAGGCUCGCGGCGCCGCACCAACACCUCGUGGAUGCGCUUCGGAACAGCCGGUGCAGCAGCAUCGACUGCCAGGACGGCUGGCCGCUGGCGGAGCUGCGGAGAUGGUGGAUCGCAGAGCUGGAGCAGCCGCGCUCGGAAAAGGGUGACUGGUGCGAGUUGCUGCUGAAGGAGGGCCGCCAUGUCCUGAGCGGAGAUAAGCUCCUCCUCGUCAUUCUCGUCUAUCUCCUCGUCCUCGUUCUUGGUCAUGCCGACGUAGGCCGAAUGAGCAUUCUCGCCAGCUCCUUCUCCGAGCAUUGGAGACUGCAGUUGAUAUGUCGUUAUGUUGCAUAUAUACAUGUAUAUAUACAUGUGUGUAUCUGGUCGCUCCCCACCCCAGGACCCCCUAA